UUAACAUUUUUUAGGAAGCAAAAUCAUCACAGUACCAUUUCCGAGGGGAAGAAAAUCCAACCGCCCGCUGAAAUGAAAGGUUAAGGCAGUGCGUCCAAGAACACUAGACACAUCGCUGAGGAGUUAUCCUUGAUAUACAUCAGUGGUUUGACACCGUUGACGUGUGUUGUUUCUAUAUUUAGUGAUAUUCGUUCGUCGCAGAUCGCAGCGUUUAGAGCAGAAGUGUCUGGUGGGCAAACGAACAGAAACAGUGCAAAGAAGAGCCACUAUGGGGAGAAUCUUGACGAUUUUGGUUUUCAAUCUUCUUCUGGGUUUCUUCCCAAUGCGGACAGCGUCACGUUGGUGGUUUAUGUCACAAGUGUUUCAACUUGGUUCCAAAGCCAUCUGUAACCAUGCAGCUGGUCUGCCUAACUUUGAACUAUGCCGAAAGAACCCAGAUGUUAUGAAAAGCAUUGGAAAAGGCGCGAAGCUAGGAAUUGAAGAGUGCCAACGACAGAUGAGGGACGAACGGUGGAAUUGCUUCACGGUGCCUCAGGAUUUUAGUGUGUUUGGAAAAGUCUUGAAGAUAGCAAGCCGGGAAACUGCCUUCGUGUAUGCGAUUACCUCAGCUGGAGUUGUACACGAAGUGGCUAAAGCGUGCAUCCGCGGUGACCUGAAAAAUUGUUUCUGCAACAAAACAGAACUAAGAAGCGCACGAGCGGAUUUUAAGUGGUCUGGAUGUUACGACCACAUUGCUCAUGGCAUCGAAGUUGCCAAGUUUUUUGUGGAUUCUGAUGAACGGCAAAACGAUGCUCGGGCAAAAAUGAAUCUUCACAACAAUCUGGUCGGAAGAACGGUCGUAAAAAAUCGCACAGCCGUGAACUGUUUGUGCCAUGGUCCUUCUGUAUCAUGUGUUAUGCAGACCUGCUACAGAAGUUUGGCUCCGUUCAGCGCUGUGAGUCGCCAUCUUCGCGAAAAAUAUGACAAAAGCGUUCUUGUGACUAUUGAUCAAAAAGGGGAAAAAUUGGUGGUGGCAAACCAGAAGGCUAAGAACGAGUCCUCACGUGAAAGCCUCGUGUUCUUACAGAAGUCCCCGGAUUACUGCGUCCCAAACCCUGACUUAAACUUGCCAGGAACCACGGGAAGGGUGUGUUAUAAUGGGAACACGACCACAGCUGCCGGUAACGGGACAUGUGGAACUUUGUGCUGCGGGCGCGGGUUUAACGCGAUUCGAGUCAAGGAAGAAUACAAGUGCAAUUGUAGUUUUGUCUGGUGUUGUGAUGUGAAGUGUAGCACGUGUAAAGGAACUGUUGAGAAAAACGUUUGUAAAUCGCUCAAGGAGUAUAUUUCUGAAGGAAACGGUAAGAUUAAGAAAGACGCAGAAACGGCAAUGAUUAAACAAUCGCGUAAAGAGAAGAACAAAAACCAAAGUGCUUUGAGACGCUCUGACAACGACAAUCGUGAACUGAAGACGAUCAAAGGUUAAUUCCUCCCACUGAACGGAUAAGACAAAUAGAUGACAGUAAUGAAGUUAGUGAAAAAGCCAAAUAGAUAGAAAAUUACACACAGCUACAAAAUAAGCGACUUUGAGCAAGUGCCAAGCUUUAAGGUCAUGGUGUCAUCGAAAACAGUAAUUGUGCUGCGCUAUUCAGUAGAGACUUUGAGGAAAAGAAUUUGGCAGAAGAAGCUUGAAAUUUUACCCUCCAUUCUGUUAGGCAUUGUGACUAAACACAGUUUUCCUUAUAUACCUAUGUUUAAACUUGUUUUCGUGGCCUUUUACAUGAAGAAAUAAUCGUGAACUCAUUGAAAAGCUUUUAAAGCUUAAGAGAUUAAAAUAAUCACCUCUUUUUCAUCAAAUUACAACAAAAAAAUGUUGAAUUCAACGUUCUUGGCACCAAGGUUAAUUAACCUAUACCCAGUCAGUACAUUUGACGGAAUAAAUCUUUCACGAUUUUUCAA